AUGCGGUAUGAGAAUUAUGGAAUUUCAGUUGGUUCUCCUUCUUAUGUUCUCACCGGCAAUAUUCCUAGAUUUCAAUAUCAAAAAUCGGAUGUACUGAUGGUCACUGGAGCUUCGGACGACCAAGCAUUUGCGUCCUUCAAUUGCUUAUAUUCUAUGGUAUUAGCCGAUCCUUAUGCUUCGUACCUGUACAUCGAUUUCGGACUCACGGACAAAGAACGGAAUAUUCUCUUUGCUCACUUUGAGUCGAUUCGCCAAGUCCAAUUGAAAAUGAAGUCGAAUGGUUUUAUAGCCUAUCGAAAGUUCAAGUGGAACUCAUUCCCGAAAUGGAUGUGGACAGAAAAGAAUAUCGGGAAGGUGAUUGCCCACAUGGAUGCCGCUUUUGCAUGGAAAGGUAUUACAAUGUGGAACGAUGGAGGCAAUCUAAUCAGGGAAGGAAUCAGUCGAGAGAUAACGAAUGCUCGUGUGGAUGGAGUUUACAGUCCUCCGUCGGAAGGAAACCAAAAGCGUUGGACGCAUCCGGAUACUGCUAAUUUCCUUAUCCAGCAUCAUUUGAUCGAUCAUUUCAGCUACGAUGACCCUAAUUGUUCGACUGGCUUGAUUGUAUCGGACUGGUCUCAUAGUGAUGUUGUGGAAAGAGUGUUAUAUCCCUAUUAUCAAUGCGCCUUUACGCAAAAGUGCGUAUCUCCUCGUAAUUCAAAUAAAGAUAACCACAGGCAGGAUCAAUCUGUCUUGUCUGCUUUACUAAAUAAUAUCAAGCCUCGCAGAUCAAUGAACUGGGACUUUGAUUAUCAUCCCGCUUUUCAUUGGGAAUUUGGAAAUGAUGAGGAAAAAUGUAAGAAAAUAUCAGGAAAUUUGCUACGAUCAAUUCAGGAUACAUAUCAAAUCAGGAUAGAUAAUACAUAUAUUCCAAGAUCAAUAAUGAAGUAUACAAGACUAGAUGGUCCCUAUGUGUCGAGAGUGAUUGAUAGGGAGUGGAAACCAUAA